AUAUGCAGCGACUCACCGUUCACCGGGAGGGACAUGGCGGGAGCCAGGCAGCGCAUCAAGUCCAUGUUCUACCACGCCUACAACAGUUACCUUGACAACGCUUUCCCCUAUGAUGAGCUCCGCCCACUCACCUGUGACGGACAAGACACCUGGGGCAGUUUCUCUCUCACUCUGAUCGACGCUCUCGACACUCUGCUGGUUUUGGGAAACCACACGGAGUUUCAGCGCGUGGCGUCACUCCUCCAGGACACCGUGGACUUUGACAUCGACGUCAACGCCUCCGUGUUCGAAACCAACAUCAGAGUGGUGGGUGGUCUGCUGUCGGCUCACCUGUUGGCAGGUAGGGCGGGGAUGGAGCUGGAGCCCGGCUGGCCUUGUUCAGGACCACUGCUGCGGAUGGCCGAGGACGCUGCCCGGAAACUGCUCCCUGCGUUCCAGACCGUCACCGGCAUGCCGUACGGCACGGUGAACCUGCUGAAUGGCGUCAGUCCCACUGAAACGCCCGUCACUUGUACCGCCGGCGUGGGAACUUUCAUCCUGGAGUUCGCCACGCUGAGUCGACUAACAGGAGACGAAACGUUUGAGAACACAGCACGCCAAGCCCUGAGAGCUCUGUGGAAGACCAGAUCUGACAUCGGACUGGUGGGUAACCACAUCGACAUCCUGUCUAAGAAGUGGGUGGCUCAGGACGCCGGUAUCGGAGCCGGGGUCGACUCGUACUUUGAGUAUCUGGUCAAAGGAGCCAUCAUGCUGCAGGACGAGGAGCUCCUCGACAUGUUCCUGGAGUACGAUCGAGCCAUUCAGAACUACACCCGCUUUGACGACUGGUACCUUUGGGUCCAGAUGCAUAAAGGAACCGUCUCCAUGCCUGUGUUCCAGUCUCUGGAGGCCUUCUGGCCCGGCCUGCAGUCUCUGCUGGGGAACCUGGACAGCGCUGUCAGAACCUUCCAGAACUAUUACUCAGUGUGGAGACAGUUUGGAGGUCUGCCUGAGUUUUAUAGCAUCCCUCAGGGUUACACUGUGGACAAGCGGGAGGGGUACCCACUGAGACCAGAGUUAAUAGAGAGCGCCAUGUACCUGUUCAGGGCAACAGGUGACCACACCUACCUCCAGCUGGGCCUCGACGCUCUGGAGUCUAUCGAGAGGAUCGCCAAGACGCCCUGCGGAUACGCCACUGUCAAAGACCUGCGCGAUCACCAGCUCGACAACAGGAUGGAGUCCUUCUUCCUCGCUGAAACCAUCAAGUACCUCUACCUGCUCUUUGACCCCGCCCACUUCCUGCACGGCGGGGGGGCGGAGGGGGACGGGUCAUGGGAAGAAGGCGGCGAGGGCGGGCAGUGCGUUUUAGGAGCCGGAGGGUUCAUCUUCAACACGGAGGCUCACCCUCUCGACCCGGCGGCGCUCUACUGCUGCAGCCGCCACGCCCAGGACCGACAGGAGCUCCGGGACAUCCUGCUCAGCCUGUCGCAGCCCAGCGGCCAAUCCAAGCCGCCCACACAGACAGAACGCCCUCCCUCCAGCCAAUCAGAGAGCAUUGCACUAAAGCCAGGUGAGAAGAAGACGCCGCCGCUGCUGUCCUGUCCGGUCCAGCCGUUCAGCGCUCGACUGUCCGUCCUCGGACAAGUUUUCACUGAUAACACCUGACGGGUCUCGUGUCGGAAACGAGUCCAGCAGAUCAUUCCAGAACUCUGACGUGUGUCGACUCUUUUCUAACUUAAACUCGAGCUGAAAUAUUUUUUAUUUAUUAGAAAAAAUGUUUUGUUUUUUUUAAUGCUCAAAGUCUGCAGCACUGGUUCCCAACCUGAGGGUCCAGACCCCCACCAGGGGUCGCCAAAGCUU